AUGGAACGAUGUACUCGUUGGGAUAUGGUGAGGAGUUUGGUGGAAGUUGAUCUCCACAAACAGCUAACAGAGCACAUCUGCUUUACUACUUUGGAUGGCACAGAAGUGCAUAUUGAUGUGAAUUAUCCUUGGCUCCCACCUUGGUGUAAUGUAUGUCAUAAAUGGGGUCACCCAACUAAAGAUUGGAAACAACAGUCUCCUAACAAGGUGGGGGUGGCUAAGUCACCAAUUCCCACUGAAGUUUCACAUGACUCACCCUCUAGGUUUGAUGUUUUGGCGAAUAUUUCUGAUGAUAUGGAGGAACCAAAAGCAGGCGAUGCCACUGAGGAAGAUAAGGAGAGUGAAGUUGUGGAAGAUAAAUGGGAUCUGUAUUUCUACCUGAGGACACUCGUGAACACAAGAAAAUGCAGAGAGGAUGAGAAGCCAACUCUUGGUUGUAUAGUGGAAACUAGAGUACAGCUGAAGCAUCAUUUGGGAAUCAUGAAAUCUGAUUUUCCGAGAUUGAGCUCUAUUACUAAGGAAAGGAUAUGGUUUUGCUGA